CAGCAGGAGGAAACUGCUCGGGCUGCAAGCAGUCUUCCAGGCUUAGCGGCUGCCAAAGGAAUAAUUGAGACGUCUGAGUUGAGCAGGAAGCCACCUAUCUCCGGUGGAAUGUCAGAAGACUGAGAACAUUGUUCCUUCUUCAUACUGCUGCUCUGUUGCCAGAGAAUCCCAAUUUACACUCAAAGCUUCUUUGAUUAAGUGCUAGGAGAUAAGUUUGCAUUUUCUCAAGGAAAAGGCAAAAAGUGGUAGCAGGUGGCAUUUACCGUCAUGGAGACCAGGGAUCAUAACAACCCCCAGGAGGGACCCACGUCCUCCAGCGGUAGAAGGGCUGCAGUGGAAGACAAUCACUUGCUGAUUAAAGCUGUUCAAAACGGAGAUGUUGACCUGGUCCAGCAAUUGCUGGAAGGUGGAGCCAAUGUUAAUUUCCAGGAAGAGGAAGGGGGCUGGACACCUCUGCAUAACGCAGUACAAAUGAGCAGGGAGGACAUUGUGGAACUUCUGCUUCGUCAUGGUGCUGACCCUGUUCUGAGGAAGAAGAAUGGGGCCACGCCCUUUAUCCUCGCAGCGAUUGCGGGGAGCGUGAAGCUGCUGAAACUUUUCCUUUCUAAAGGAGCAGAUGUCAAUGAGUGUGAUUUUUAUGGCUUCACAGCCUUCAUGGAAGCCGCUGUGUAUGGUAAGGUCAAAGCCCUAAAAUUCCUUUAUAAGAGAGGAGCAAAUGUGAAUUUGAGGCGAAAGACAAAAGAGGAUCAAGAGCGGCUGAGGAAAGGAGGGGCCACAGCUCUCAUGGACGCUGCUGAAAAAGGACACGUAGAGGUCUUGAAGAUUCUCCUUGAUGAGAUGGGGGCAGAUGUAAACGCCUGCGACAAUAUGGGCAGAAAUGCCUUGAUCCAUGCUCUCCUGAGCUCUCACGAUAGGGAUGUGGAGGCUAUUACGCAUCUGCUGCUGGACCAUGGGGCUGAUGUCAAUGUGAGGGGAGAAAGAGGGAAGACUCCCCUGAUCCUGGCAGUGGAGAAGAAGCACUUGGGUUUGGUGCGGAGGCUUCUGGAGCAAGAGCACAUAGAGAUUAAUGACACAGACAGUGAUGGCAAAACAGCACUGCUGCUUGCUGUUGAACUCAAACUGAAGAAAAUCGCCGAGUUGCUGUGCAAACGUGGAGCCAGUACAGAUUGUGGGGAUCUUGUUAUGACAGCGAGGCGGAAUUAUGACCAUUCCCUUGUGAAGUUUCUUCUCUCUCAUGGAGCCAAAGAAGAUUUUCACCCUCCUGCUGAAGACUGGAAGCCUCAGAGCUCACACUGGGGGGCAGCCCUGAAGGAUCUCCACAGAAUAUACCGCCCUAUGAUUGGCAAACUCAAGUUCUUUAUUGAUGAAAAAUACAAAAUUGCUGAUACUUCAGAAGGAGGCAUCUACCUGGGGUUCUAUGAGAAGCAAGAAGUAGCUGUGAAGACGUUCUGUGAGGGCAGCCCACGUGCACAGCGGGAAGUCUCUUGUCUGCAAAGCAGCCGAGAGAACAGUCACUUGGUGACAUUCUAUGGGAGUGAGAGCCACAGGGGCCACUUGUUUGUGUGUGUCACCCUCUGUGAGCAGACUCUGGAAGCGUGUUUGGAUGUGCACAGAGGGGAAGAUGUGGAAAAUGAGGAAGAUGAGUUUGCCCGAAAUGUCCUGUCAUCUAUAUUUAAGGCUGUUCAAGAACUACACUUGUCCUGUGGAUACACCCACCAGGAUCUGCAACCACAAAACAUCUUAAUAGAUUCUAAGAAAGCUGCUCACCUGGCAGAUUUUGAUAAGAGCAUCAAGUGGGCUGGAGAUCCACAGGAAGUCAAGAGAGAUCUAGAGGACCUUGGACGGCUGGUCCUCUAUGUGGUAAAGAAGGGAAGCAUCUCAUUUGAGGAGCUGAAGGCUCAAAGUGAUGAAGAGGUGGUUCAACUUUCUCCAGAUGAGGAAACUAAGGACCUCACUCAUCGUCUCUUCCAUCCUGGGGAACAUGUGAGGGACUGUCUGAGUGACCUGCUGGGUCAUCCCUUCUUUUGGACUUGGGAGAGCCGCUAUAGGACGCUUCGGAAUGUGGGAAAUGAAUCCGACAUCAAAACACGAAAAUCUGAAAGUGACAUCCUCAGACUACUGCAACCUGGGCCUUCUGAACAUUCCAAAAGUUUUGACAAGUGGACGACUAAGAUGAGCAAGCUGAGGCACAGACAAAUAAUUUUUCCAACUACACAGAACCAGUAAGGGGUGCACCAGGAUUUGAAGCUGGGAAGGAUGGCUGCAGAGGCCAUGUGCUUAAGCCACACCACUACACGAAGCUAUGAUGGCAUCAAGUCUACCAACUCAUUUACUCACUGAGGAAAUUGAGGCUCAGAGACCACACUCAAAUUACUCAUGCCUGGACAGUCAGAGAUUGGCAGACCUGGAAAGAGGAACUUGUUCUUUUAUUUCCCAAUUUAUUGGUUCUUUUCACUAAAUUCCAUGGGCUUAUAUUGAAUUUUGAUAGUCUUCAGGUUUUAACUUCAAGUUUUACCUUUUAAUUCCCAUUUUACACUUUGUUUUUCUGUUGACUUGCCCAUUUUCAUGGUCACACAAUUAAUUUUGUCAGCAUAGGUCUGGAGCCCAAGUUUUCCAGCUUGUAUGACUGUAUUGGUUCUUGACUUGCCCCAUCCUGCCACACAUACGUGCUUGGCGUUUCUCACGGGUGUUCUGCACAGAGUGCACCUGGCCAGUCUCAGCAGCAUCCUCACUAGUAUUGCUCUUUCAUCAGUUACUCUUCCUAAGUGACCCACUGGAUUCUUGACUGUUGCAUCUUGAUCUCGUAGCCCAAACUCUUUCUAAAUAUGAGAGCCAUCUAUGGCUCUGUAUCUAUGAGGGUGACAAGCACAGAGAAAGAGGAUGACAUUACUGUGAUAUGAAAGGAGUUGCCCUGGGACACCUGCAGGCAAGGAGAAACAAGUAACCUUGUUUAAAAUAUAAAUUUUAGGGGGUACUAGUAUAGUUUUGUUACAUGGAUAUAUUGUGUAGUGGUAAAGUUGGGCUUUUAGUGUAACCAUUACCUGAAUAACGCACAUUGUACCCAUUAAGUAAUUUCUCAUCCCUCUCACUCCAACCCUCCCACCUUUCCAAGUCUCCAAUUCUAUUAUUCCACUGUCUACAUCCAUGUGUACACAUUAUUGAGCUCCCACUUAUGAGAGAACAUGUGAUAUUUGACUUCCUGUUUGUAAGUCAUUUCACUUAAAAUAAUGGCCUCCAGCUCCGUCCAUGUGGCCACAAAAGACAUGAUUUCAUUCUUCUUUUUUAUGGCUGAAAUGGCCCAGACACAUUUUCUUUAUCCAAUCAUCUGUUGAUGGACACUUAGGUGGAUUCCAUAUCUUUGCUAUUAUGAAUAGUGCUGUAGUAAACAUAUGAGUGCAGGUAUCUUUUUGAUAUAAGAUUUCUUGGGCCGAGUGCAGUGGCUCACACCUGUAAUCCCAGCACUUUGGGAGGCCGAGAUGGGUGGAUCAUUUGAGGUCAGGAGUUUGAGACCAGCCUGGCCAACAUGGCAAAACCCAGUCUCUACUAAAUUACAAAACUUAGCCAAGCAUUGUGGCACACGUCUGUAAUCCCAGCUACUUGGGCGGCUGAGGCAUGAGAAUUGCUUCAGCCUGUGAAGCAGAGGUUACAGUGAGCUGAGAUGGUGCCACUGCACUCCAGCCUGGGCGAUAGAGUGAGACUCUGUCUCAAAAAAAAAAAAAAAAAAAAAAAAAAAGAUUAUUUUGGCAGAUACUCAGUACAUUCUCUUUUCUCUGCAUCCUCAUCAACAUCUGUUACUUUUUGACUUUUUAAUAGUAGCCCCUAGUAUAAGAUGAUAUCUCAUUGGUUUUAAUUUGCGUUUCUCUGAUGAUUGGUGAUGUUAAGCAUUUUUUCAUAUGCUUUUUGGCAAUUUGUACGUCUUCUUUUGAGAAAUGUCUGUUCUUGUCAUUUGCCCACUUUUUAAUGGGGUUAUUAUUUUUUAUUGUUAAGUUGUUUGAGUUCCUCGUAAAUUCUGGAUAUCAGUCCUCUGUUGGAUGCAUAGUUUGCAAAUAUUUUUUUUCCCAUGCUGCAGGUUGUUUGUUCACUCUGUUUAUUUCUUUUGCUGUGCAGAAGUUUUUAGUUUAAUUAAACCCCAUCUGUUUCUUUAUUUUCAUUGCUUGUGCUUUUGGGGUCUUAGUCAUGAAUUCUUUGCCUAGACCAAUGUCCAGAAGAGUUUUUCCUAGGUUUUCUUUUAGUAUUUUUAUAGUUUCAGGUCUUACAUUUAAGUCUUUAAUCCAUCUUGAGUUGAUUUUUGUAUACACUGAGAGAGAGAGGUCUAGUUUUAAUCUUCUACAUAUGGCAGUCUAAUUUUCCCAGCACCACUUGCUGAAUAGGGUGUCUUUUUCCCAGUGUAUGUUUUUGCCGACUUUGUCAAAGAUCAGUUGGUUGUAGAUAUGUGGCUUUAUUUGUGGCUUCUCUAUUCUGUUCCAUUGAUCUAUGUGUCUAUUUUUAUACCAGUACUGUGCUGUUUUGGUUAUCUUAGCCUUGCACAAUAAUUGGAGGUAUAUCAUAAUGUGAUGCCUCCAACUUUGUUUUUUUUUUCCUUAAGAUGCCUGUGGCUAUUUGGGCUCUUUUUUGGUUUCAUGUGAAUUUUAGGAUUUUUUCUCUAAUUCUGUGAAAAAUGAUGUUGGUAUUUUGAUAGGGAUUGUGUUGAAUCUGUAGAUUGCUUUGGGCGGGGUGAUCACUUUAACAAUAUUAGUUAUUCCUUUUGGAAAUAUACCUAAAAAAACAAAAACAAACAAACAAACAAAACCGUUCACUUUGGCCAUGGUUGCCAGGCCCAGUUUCAGUCUGAAUAGCCCUUUUAAAGAAAGAAAUGUAAUCAAGUACGAAUUUGAAAGGGUGGCCACAGGAUAAAAAUAUUGUAUAGUAUAAUGAACGAGUUUCCUAGUAUAGUAGUCAAAGAUUUUUUAACCAUAUUUUAAUAUAUUUAAUUUCUUAUGAAAACAAUUUACUUGGAAAAUACAGACACACAUUUGAACAUACUUAUAAUCUCACAUCCAGACACAAUUAUGUAUAUAGUUUUAAUUUUAAAAAUUUUUUAAUUUUUUUGCCAGGCGUGGUGGCCCACACCUGUAAUCCCAGCACUUUGGGGGCCAAGGUGGGUGAAUCACAAGGUCAGGAGUUUGAGACCAGCCUGGCCAACAU